AUGGAAGGGGGUGCGUACGGAGCGGGCAAGGCCGGGGGCGCCUUCGACCCCCUCACCCUGGCCCGGCAGCCGCACACCAUCCUGCGCGUCGUGUCCUGGGUGUUCUCCAUCGUGGUGUUCGGCUCCAUCGUGAACGAGGGCUACCUCAACACGCCCGCGGAGGGCGAGGAGUUCUGCAUCUACAACCGCAACCCCAACGCCUGCAGCUACGGCGUGACGGUGGGCGUGCUCGCCUUCGUCACCUGCCUGCUCUACCUGGCCCUGGACGCCUACUUCCCGCAGAUCAGCAGUGUGAAGGACCGCAAGAAGGCCGUGCUGUCCGACAUCGGCGUCUCCGCCUUCUGGGCCUUCCUCUGGUUCGUGGGCUUCUGCUACCUGGCCAACCAGUGGCAGGUCUCCAAGCCCAAGGACAACCCGCUCAACGAGGGGACGGACGCAGCCCGGGCAGCCAUCGCCUUCUCCUUCUUCUCCAUCUUCUCGUGGGCAGGCCAGGCUGUGCUGGCCUUCCAGCGGUACCAGAUUGGCGCCGACUCGGCCCUCUUCUCCCAGGACUACAUGGACCCCAGCCAGGACUCCAGCAUGCCUUACGCCCCCUACGUGGAGCCCAGCGCCGAGCCGGAUCCCACCGGCAUGGGAGGCACCUACCAGCAGCCAGCCAACGCCUUCGACGCCGAGCCCCAGGGCUACCAGUCGCAGGGCUACUGA